UUUGUACUCAAAAAUUCAAUUGUUUUGAUUUGAUGAUUCUACUUAUUUGUAAAUGAAUGUUUCAUGAAAUAUAUUAUUACUAAGAUAAUUUUAGGCAUAAACUUAUACCAUUGUUUAUUGUCUAGAAGCAACAAUAUUCUAUAAUGGCUCAAACAGAAGAUAUAGAGUUGAGAGACCUUGUCAUUGAAGCAUUGGAAAAGAAUGGUUCACUUGCUAAAAUACGUGCGUUGUUAAGAGCUAAUAUUUUCUUGGCAUUUGAAGACGACUGUGAAAAUAUCAAACAAAAUGAGUGCUUAGAUGACGUGCUUAAAGUUCCAGAAGGAGUACUUGCGUUAUCUAUAAUACAUGAGUUCUUGGAAUUUUGUAACCUCAAAAAUACCUUGUUUGUUUACAAAUCUGAAACAAGGCAAGGAAAAGAAUAUACUUGUAAGAGUCAACGUCUUAUCCUCGAAACUCUGAAAUUAAAUGAUACGAGUGUUGAGAAAGAACCAGUCCUUGUUACACUCAUUAAAAAUAUUUCAAACACAUUAAAUAGUUACAAAUAUCACAAUCGCUUAAGUGAGAGUGGAAAUAAAUCUUCUUAUUCUGUCCAUAAUGAAACAAGUUCCUCUACAAGUCACUCUCAAUCUGACAUAUCCUCUGAUGAAAAGAAUAAAAUAGACUUAAGAUUACCAUUAGAUAAUUCAGAUACUGACACAUCCACUGAUUCUGACAGAAACAAAUACAGCUCCGAGUAUGUUCCUAAUAAAGAUACAGUGUUGAGUGAUAAAGAUAUAAAUAAGACAUUUAUUAAACCAACUACUACAGCAAGGAAAAAUAUUAAAUCAUUGAUGGAUUAUUCAAAUAAUUAUUUCAUGAAAAAGCAUGACACCAGUGUGCCUCUAAAUAGCAGUAGUGAAUCUACAUCAUAUGUAGAGUUAAAGCCGUUUAACAGAUUAGAUGAAAAGCUUUUGAAUACAAAUGGGCUACCAAACAGUGAUGACUUAUCUAAUAAUAUGGAAAAACAGAAAAUAUCAAUACACAGUGAAUCCAAAAGUGAUAUAGUAAAAGUGUUGAGCAGUACUUCUUGUGAGGCAACAAAAGAUGCACUUAAUAACCAAAGUUCCAAGAGCCACAUUGAAAAAACAAAUCAUUCUGACAAUGCAACAGAUUACACAUUUGAAUUUACAUCACCAACAUUAUCUGCAAUCACUUCUGGGAGUAAAGAAGCAAAAGAACCACAGAAAGAAGAUACUAGAAGUAAUUCAAAUGAUCAUAAAGUGGAUUCAAUUAACUCUCCUAGAUCAGUUAGCUCAGCUUCUAUAUCAGAUGUUGCUGAUAUUGUACAAUCUUCUGAUGAACAGCAAGAUAGAACAGAGUCAAUCAAACUCAAUAAUGAUAAAACGGACAGUGCGAGAAGUGCAGAUCUGAAGAUUAGUGAUGAUUCAGGUGAUUUUUCAGUCUCUCCUAUACCAUCUCUCUCUAAUUUAAGUCUAAAUCUUACUGAUUGAAAUUAGAUUAUAUUUAUUCAUUGUACAUCAUGUGAAAUCCUUCAAGGUAUGUGCUUUGUAGCUGAAUCAUGAAAACAUAAUUAUGGAAGUAGUUAGUACAUUCACUGUUAUCCCUUCAGAGCUGUAAUAUAGCUUUGUGGAAUCAAUAGUGCUAGUUUUAAAACACUAUGUUUCUUAUUUAUUUAUUUCUUAACUAAAAAAAAUACAAAUUUACAUAGGGUAGGCACAAAUCACAAUCAAAAAUCCUUAUGAUACAUUUCUUGUGUGUCAGAGCUAUCAAAUUAUAUAUAAAUUAAAAUGUAACAUGAAUGAAACUAUAUAUGUAUAAUUUUGUGAAUAAUAACAAAAUUAAAAUACUAUGUGCUAAAUAGCGAAUAGUUUAACACAUUCACUGCUCACUUCUCAGAUCUCUGUAGAACAGGGAUAGCCCUGUUACCUUACCCUACUCUAUAGUAGCAAUGACUUCCACUCAGAUCUGAGCAAGUAUCCUAUUCAUUUUGUAGUAGUCAGUAAAUUACAGGCAUUUGAGGCGAGUCAAUGUUGCUUUGUGUGGCAACUCUGGCAAUCUAGUCUUAACUUAACUUAUGAAAACGAGUAUACAUUUAUCCAUAUUUUCAAAAAUUCAUAAUAUGUACCAAAAAAUAUAAUCAAAAUUCGCCUUAAGUAAGUUCCCAGCAAUUAUUUUUAUUUAUUUUGCUGGCAGUGAAUGUGUUAACAUUUACUUAUGUCCAAGUGAACCUACAUCUGUAAAAAUAUUAGCUUUUAUCAAUAUGUCCAAUGCAUAGUGCAGUUGCCUCUUAUUCUGUUGCCAGUGCAGUUUGUAUGUAUAUAUUUAUUUCUCUUAUGAUGAAGGAAAGCAUUGUAAGAAAACCUACAGUAGGCCUGCAAAGAAAUUCAAUGGUUGUAUUUAAGCUUAUCAACUCUAAUUAAUUAGGCUUAAUAUUUUUUUGGUUUACACACAAGAUAUGCACACAGUAGAUGUUGAGUUACAGAAAAAAGACUUUGAAUAUUGAAUGAUGUUACAUAGGACCCUUUGCCUUCAUUCCUUUGCUUUCUUAUUGACACUAUGUUGGCACAAUAGCAUGGAGGGCUUGCACACUAAAACACAUAUGUUGUGAUUUAGCCACAAGUUGUGUGUAUUACCAUUUAGUCUAACAUCUGUAGUAGUCAGUUCACUUUAUAUAACAUACAUAUAGAUGUGUCUAAAAAUUAAGUCCACAUGAGAAGUGCCCUAUCACAAAUACUAAAUGUAAUAACUUAAACAAUAUAAUAUUAACAGGUUACAAAUUAUUGUAUUAAUAUUAUCAUAUCUGAAUGUUCGUACUAAUUGGAAUGUUAAAUAACCAUAACACUCGUAAAUGCCAGUAACUUUCAUGCCAGCAACUUUUCUGAUUUACUGGCAUGUGUAUCCCCCGCUUUAGAUUAUGUAGAUCAUUGAUGUAAAGUACCCGUAUAGUGAGAGGAGUCCCAGACCAUGCUAUUCCUAUUGAUUUCCUGAAUUCUAUCAUUGGAAUUUGGAAUCAAAUAAAAAAUAAAGUCAUGUUUAAGUGUGAGAAAUAGUGUGUGUUUUUUUAUGGUUCUUUGAAGUGGAUCAAAAUAUUUAAACAAAUUAGCCAACUAUAGUUUUACAAUGAAUUUUAGGCCAUUCGCAGCUAACCCUUCACUUCUUAAUUCCUUUGGAGCAACAACCCCAUGUGGGUCCUGGCCACUUUAAUAGUUAAUCUACAUUUUACUUUGAUCCUAGGUGUAUCAUCCUCCAUUGCACCUUAGCCUUUGAUACUUGCAGAACUAUUAGUGAAUUUGUUCCUAAUAUAGCUACUGCCAGUGACGUUGUCCGUGUGGAAGCCGCAAAAAUAGUUUUAAAAUAAACAAAAUAUACAAGUUUCAAAUUUUUUUAAACAAAUUAGUAUUUUGUUAUUAAACUCGUCAUGAACAGUUUGUUCAAGCCUUGACAUUUUUCUUACUUAGAGAAUUUUUAUACCUGUCAUUACUUCUAAAUGAAAAGCCAGCUCCGAAUCAUUUAAAGUGGAAUUUAUGCAUAAAUAAACUAACCUUAAUCAUGAAACCAUUUAAGUGGAUAAGUAUCAAUAUCAUGGCAUCAGUAUUAUGACUAUUUAAUCACCAUUGUAAUGAAAAAAAAAGAAUCAUUGUUGCCAACUAUUAUACUUGGCAUAUACCAUCACUUGACUUUUUUCUCUGUAAUCAUAUUCAAUACUAUUCAUUAAUAGGUCUUUAAUAUAGUUAUAGAAUACUAAUUUAUAUGUUUUCAAUAGUUUCCCCAGCACAAGCAAAAUAUAACUUUUAUAGGCAACAUUCUGAUAGACAUUGGAAUACAAUGUUCCGAUUUGAUAAGGAUCUCUAAUAUUUUUUAAAAUAUAGUAUAACUUAAGCUACUUGGUGAAAAUGUAGCAUUCUAAUGGUAAAAUAAUUUUUACAAUCUGUCUAGUAGUUUUUGAGUUAAGUUGUAACAACCACACAAAAACUCAAAUCUUUCCUAUUUAUAUUAUUAGUAUAGAUGAGAGAUAAUUAUACUAUUUAGUACCUUAUAUUUGUGCAGUAGUUAUAAAUAUAUAUUUUAUUUAUUGUUUUCUAAUGCCUUAUAAAAAUGUUCUAAAGCUUAGUAAAAACAGUUUUACUUUUAAUGAUAUUGAUAUUUUCAUGCAGGAUAUUUAUAAGAUUGUAUGGUAUUUUUUGUAAUGUACGGAAGUGAGAAUGUAUAUGCGGCAUGGAUGUGAGUCGGAUAUGGCAGAAGAAGCAGAAUUAACACUGUUGUGUGAUCAUUGUGUAGUAUGUGAUCACUGUGUAGUGUGUGAUCACUGUGUAGUAUGUGUGGAGUGAGACUGAUUGAUAGAAUUCCAAAUGUAUACCACAUUUGGAAUGUAUCAGUGCUGUGGUCUGAAAGAAGGUGUUGUGACAAGGACUGAGAAAGGAAUGCUGAAAUGGUUUGUACACUUGGAGCGAAUGAGCGAAGGAAGAAUGACUUAUCAAUAAAUAUAUUAGGCAUGUGUGUGUGGGCAAUUCGGCCGCGGGAGACCUCGUAGAACAUUCCUCAACUAAAUUGAGGAUGUUUUGAGAUAAGGAAAGUACCGAAGCACCCGGAACUGGCGAGCAUGUAUGAAAAGAGGAAUUAAUGUAGUAUGUUGUAGUAGUGUUUGCAUGGAAGCAAGUGGCAUUCUAUUGUCUCUGCCUACCGACGGAAACAAGGCGUUUGUGUGUGUGUGUGUGUGCGUAUUUUUUUUAUAUUGGAGACACUAUGAGAGACUGGUACAAGCUAUAAACUUUUAAUUUAUACAAUUAAUACGUUAAUAUGCUACGGAAAAGUAUAGUUUUAGUAGCUCUAGUGUAUAAAUUCCACUCUAUACAAAUCGAUUAAGUAAGUACUUAAUUUAAGGAAUAUUUUAAUUUUAACCAUACUGUACUUUAGGAAUGAAGGUUUUUUUUCGUGUGCAAGGUUGUGCCUUAUUACAAACAAUUUUAAACAGUGGUUCCUUUAAAUUUCAGUCACUAUAAAUCUAGUCCUAGAAACAUACCUACAUAUAACUGGUCCGUCCAAAUUAUUUCAUUCGAGACAUUUAUGUUAAUUUAGCAAUUCAUAUGUAAAUUGACUUUUAAAUAAAUAAAUUGCUUUGA